AUAUCUGACCAGCCUGAGCUCCCCCCUGCCCCUACGACUACGACAACACCUCAGAUGUUCCCUGUGGCUGAUGCUGCUGGCGGUGACAGUUGUGGCGGUCCACCGCUGCUACCAUCUCUCCAAAAUAUUCUACACCGACGAAAUCAGCCACAGAGACAAUCUGGAAAACACGUUCCCCUACCUCCAACUGGAAAGAGAAUGUAUCUCCCGCCAGUUGGCGCUCCGACACGCCUACCACACAGUCCACCUACUGGCCUACUUGCGGGAGACCUGCCCCAACAGGCGGGUCCUCUACGACCACCGCUGCUCCAGAGGAGUCUUCCAGAACGAGACAGAUUACAGAGCCGGGGUCAAGGCCCUUCUCAGGGACGCCGGGACUCUGAGGGAGCUGGGACUCAUAGACGAGACGGAGGCGAGUCUUCUCACACUUCCAGAGAACGAAGAGUUACGUAAUUCUGACCUCAACUACGGCGCAAAGAUUCGAAUAAAAGGCGAACAUAAUUUCGCAAUCGAAAACGCCGGCACCCUCAAAAGGAUUCAACAACUGGAGUCCAAAAAAUCCCACGACGCCAAAACCCCGAACAAGCCAGACGGCAGCACAUCGCCACAAAACGUCACGGUUUUGUUCACAGAGGCCUUUUUCUGCCACAACACGUCUGUCACGUGGCUGGAGGAGAUUCACACAGUUGACCCAUCCCUCUGCGACAGGCUCCGAACCCUGGCACAGCAGAUCGAGUCAGGCCAGAGGUCACCGCUGCUGACCUUGUUCACCUGGUGGCCGGACCCGCUCUACGACGUGGAGAAGUUGACGCGCAGGGGCUUCUGGGUCAGUCUGGAUCGCCUGCGCCCGUUUGUCCAGCCCGUCCUCUUCUCCGACAGCCGCAUGAACGUGGCCACGGCCAACACGCUGGGCUGGCCCUGCUUUCCAGUUCCGAAACGAAACCAGGACGGAGUUCCGGUGUUCCGAGAGAUGGCUAGCCGCGUCAGAUCCCGCUUCCAGUCCACGUUCUACGGCUACAUCCAGGCUAGCACAGUCUUCGACUCCUCCCUCUUCCACACUCUCCUCUCACUCCUCCACCUCACCACCUCCAGAGAUGCCUCCUCUACGCCUGGGGCUCACCCGGAGUCCGUCUCGGCGUUCAUUCGAAGGACAUUCGCAGAAACGAAUCGAAACUACAACGUUCGAACAGACACUUUUUCUGACACUGGCAUUCAACCCAUGCCCGUUUUGCUCACCGGAAGGUCGUUUGUGACUUCCUGCUCUGUCUUGUCGGACUCGCUGUCGUCUUUUCACCGAGCCCUCCGGAAGUCAUCAAAACUCGGCCAGCUCAAUAUGGCGGAUGAAGGAACGUUGUAUUACGUCAUGUAUUCCCGCGGUGUACGUUUGGAUGACGUCCCCGAUCUAACCAUUGACGACCAAACACUGAUACCUUUUCUAGAAGCUCGUUCCCAACGGUUGCCUCACCUCGUGGUUACAGUGACCAAUACGGUGCUGUCCGUGCACCAUGUACGGAAAUCAACGACCAGCGAGUGGAACAGAGAGUAUAUAACGUCCACACCACGUGACCCGUCCUACAACAAACGAUUGGUUGAUCACUUUUGGUCGUCAGCGGCAAACAAAAGCCUCAACAAUCCUUUGGUAGUGACUGAAUAUGACACACACGGAAAGAUACAGUUUGAUUUAAUCUCUCCUUCUUAAACUUUUACUUGUACUUUAUAGCUAAUGUUUGGUUAUAAAAUGUCUCGACUUCUCGGUGUGUGACUCCGUCAAA